CCGCACCGGGCGUGGGUCCGUUUCAUGCGCGCAGGCACAGACACAAAUGCAGAGAGCGCCACCAACGAUAGCUCUCCGCUGCCCACCGCGCCGUCUGUGAAGUGAAAAUGGGUAUCGAAAAGGAGAAUUACGAGACGAGUAUUAUCAUGGACGAGGACGAGUUCAACAGAUCAAUAGAACCGAUUUUGUCGAAAAAAGACAAAGUUUACGCGGCGAUCCCAGACCGAGAUCCCAAUGACAUAAAUGCGCACUUAAAGGUUGGUUUUGACGAUGUGAUCGCAGAGCCCAGUUCCAGCCACAGCUUCGACAGAGUAUGGAUAGGAAGUCACGCCGUCUUCGAACUGUUCAAAUAUGUAUUCUACCGAAUACUGACCACCAUCCUCGCCGUUCCCAUGGCAUUUAUCAUCGGGAUAGUCUUUGGGGUCCUCAGCUGUAUUCAUAUUUGGGUGUUGAUGCCGGUGGUGCGGAGCUGUCUGAUGGCCCUGCCCUCUGUCCAGGUGGUCUGGAGCAGCCUUACAGACAUUUUUGUCACCCCCCUCUUCCACAGUAUGGGCAGGUGUCUGUCCUCUGUCCACGUCAAGGCCAUGGACAUCUGAUAGAGUCUUUCCUUCCCUGUUAUGGGGGUUAAGAAGUUAAAGGACAUCUUCACUUCUUUUUUUUCUUUUCUUUUUUUUUUACCUAUGUCUAAGUGGAAAAACAUAUUCUGCCAAAAGGACAAUUGUUCAGUUGUGACCAAAAUAAAUGAUUAUCAUUCCAUUAUUGUGAUGCUAAAAAUAACUGUUUUAAUCAUAAAGGAUCAGAUCAGGGCCAAACAGUAUAUUGGCCAGUUAGGCAUCACACCAUUCCUGGCAUCAGACAUGUAACGUCUGUGUAGUUUCUGCUUUUUAUGUGUUGUGGAUAUACAGCAGAGGAUUCAGAUGGGAUUUGAAUGAAUGAAUUUGUUUUCUGUAAGAGAGUGUACACUGAUCCUAGAUGCUGAGAUGCAGCUUAUACUUCUGCAGCCUUAUUUUGCUGCUGCUGUGUUAAUCUCGCAGUGCUUUGGAUACAUUUUGGGCAUUUGCUUUUACACAAAGACAACCUACCUAGUAAAGACCUAAGACAGUUGUAUAUAUUUUGAACAGAAGCUAAUAUAAUAAACAAAAGGGUGGGUUGUCGGAGUAUUGGCUUUCUAACUAAUUAUUUAUGCACAAUUGCCAUGUGUUCUUGACGGUCCAUGUUUCUGUGAGUCGUGAAAAAACUGGACAGAACUUUUAUGUUAAGUAUCUAAGAUGAGUUUUACUACUCUGGUUUAUUCUAUACAGUCAGGUACAUGGUCGUAGGCCUAGGUGCUGCUGAGCUUUCUAUAAGCCGUAGAGCAACUAGCUUGCUUUAUUCUUUGAUGUCUGAACCCAAAUGUGGAGAGAAUCUAGCAGAUAGUGCCACCAGUUCUUCACAACUUAUCGUAUAAUACAUCACACAAAACCGUGGCUUCAUCCAAAAUGGCACCCUAUUCCCUAAAAAGUAGUGGGCUGUAUAGGGUAUGGGGUGUCAUUUCAGAGGCACCCUUGUGCUUUGUUUUAAUGGACAACCAAACGCAGCGAUUCUGUCAGUAACUUCUAAUCGUUUGGCUAAGCUAGGCAGUUGACAGCCUGCCAGCCAAUAGACCAUGUCUGUACUUGGCUGAGUUAUCUCUUCAGUGCUUGGAGGUGUGAUUGUGCAAUAGAGCACACAGGUGUGGAAUUAAUUUUUUUUUAUGGAGCAAAAAUGGUAAAUGGCAUGAUGUGAUUCUAAUUAAGCUCAACAAACGAGACUUAUUCUUUGAUUUGUAAAAAAGUACCAAAAGUGUUCCUAUUCUGCAUCAAAUAAAGAUAAUUAUUUGUAAAAAAUG